ACUGCGUUCUUCUUCUACGCUUUGCACAUUGCUCAUCCUCUGCUGGAUCCCUUUCGUCAUGGCGGCUCGUGUCCUGCAGCAGUGUGUCCGCUCGUUCGCACGGCCCUCGUUGAGGCUUUGCACGCGUAAUGUAGCAGUCAGAGCCACUGCCACUCCGGCAGUUUUCAUCCACCGACCUCUGUCCUUCGCUGCAGAGAGCCCGAGGACGCGAUUGUUUGGUCAGAGCCGGAUCUCAGUGGGUGUGUUUUGCCGACAGUAUGGUGACCUGCCCCCCCUCACCUUAGAAACCAUCAAAGAACGUGUCAUGUAUGUACUGAAGCUCUAUGACAAGAUCAACCCAGAGAAGCUGCAGACCUCCUCCCACUUCAUGAAAGACUUGGGAUUGGACAGCUUGGACCAGGUGGAGAUCAUAAUGGCAAUGGAGGAUGAAUUUGGCUUCGAGAUCCCAGACGCCGAGGCAGAGAAGUUGAUGACUCCAGAGGAGAUUGUACAGUACAUCGCAGACAAGAAAGACGUUUAUGAAUAAUCUGCUUUACAUCUCAAAGGAAGUACCGGUGGCGCUUUCCCACCUCUGCCCAACCAUCAAAGUUUGAGUCACUUUGUGUGUAUUUAAAUGUUUUGGGGCCAUCAGAGGAAUUAAAGAAAAACCAUGUUUUAGGUUUUUUUUCUUCAUGCUCCCAUGGUUCUGAUGUAUAAUUUCAUAAUAGAUCAAUAAAAACAAUUGGUGUCUCUGUA